AUGCCUGUUUCAGGACUUUCCGUCAACCCAGAGUGUGUCUCCGCUUUCAAUGAGCUGAAGCUCGGCCGCGGUGGCCCCAAAUACAUUAUCUACAAGAUCUCCGAUGAUCAGAAGGAAAUCGUGGUAGACGAGAUUGGCAAAGAGUCGGAUUACGAUACCUUCCGAGAGAAGCUUAUUUCCAAGAAGGAAAAGACUGGCAAGGACAGACCCUCCUACGCUAUCUACGAUGUUGAAUUUGAGCUUGAGGGCGGUGAGGGCAAGAGAUCCAAAAUCGCCUUCAUUACCUACAUCAACCAAGACGCCACUGGUGUCAAGUCCCGCAUGGUCUACGCCAGCUCUCGCGAAACCUUGAAGAACGCACUAAACGGCAUUGCCAUGAACUGGCAAGCAAACGACCCUGGCGAGUUGGAAUGGGCCGAUCUUCUCAAGGAAGCCAGCAAGGGCAAGGGCACAAUCUGA